GUAACUCAUCGGACCAGUCGUCACUUUUUUCACGUAGAUUUUUGCACAAAUAAUUUGAUUGACAAGAAUCACAUAUGAGUUUCAAGAUUAUUAAAAAUAGUAGUCGCACGAUGGAAUGUACAGCAAGCGAAACUCAAAAAUUGAUACGAGGACAACGCGAUGUUUCUCGUAACGCCGAUACUUCUCAGUAUGCAUCAGGAAACACGCGAGAACGACAAGCGGUGUUGUAUCUGAAAGAGAAGAGAAUUUAUAACAUCGUCGAAUUCUUGAUUGGCAAUCUGCUAUUGCGCCGGCCUUACGAUCCUUACGAAUAUCUCGGUCAACUCUUAGAUAGAUACAUCCUGUCCCGCAGCGGCCUUGUUGACUCUUCUUUUCCUUUUCCUUUCCAUAGUGCGUGAUGUGCGAUAUACGCGUUACGUUGUGCGCGAAGUUCGCGUCAAAAGCAGGGAUAAAUUCAAUUGAGGAUCUUUCUUUUCCUUUCGAGCAGAGCAAGGAAGUAGGUAGGAUUGUCGUUGUCUCCCGAUUCUGAAUCAAUUUAUUUCGACAAUUAAAGUAAUAUCUGAGCAUAAUAAAGUUUGCGGGACGACAUUUCAUUUGGAUGCAACUCAGCUCACGAGUUCGUAAAAUAUCGUCAGUGAGUCAUCUUGCAUGUUUUUCACAAU